UGGUGGUGGCAUUCCUACAUGCAUUAUUCAUAAUAAUAGAAAUAAGGAGUUCUUCGUAGAGUGAUGUACGUGUCCGCAUAUCUAUACUUUGAUGACUAAUUAAUGUGAUAUAAUAUAGAUAAGUACAUAGGUGAAAUUCUGUGAUACAAGUAUUUGCAGUGAUGUCGCAGCCAAAGAGAGAAGUGCCGCCCGUACUAAAGGCUAUCCUCCAGAAGGAUGUGGAGGUGACGAAGAAGCUCGUUAUAAUGGCGUCCAGGAAGAUGAAUUUGGCUAAAUGCAAAACAUAUUUUAAAGGUUUAGAGAUUUCUUGCCACGGCAUCCCCUGGUUUGCUUUCUGGAUCGGUUUUACAUGGUUAUUCAAUGAUCCAUCGCUUAUACAAAUGCAGGUCAACAUACUUUUAGGUUUACUUCUUGAUAUUGUGUUUGUGGCUUUGCUGAAAGCUUUCACACGCAGAAGGAGACCAGUGAAGAACACUGAUGAUGCUCUGGGUCAGGUUGGACCAGAUGUGUUCAGUUUUCCAUCAGGUCAUGCAUCAAGGGCUGUAUUUGUGGUGUACUUUUUUCUGAACUUGCAUCCAGCACCAAUAAUCUUUGCUCCUCUUCUGAUCGUCUGGGCUACAGCUGUCUGCAUUAGUAGGCUCUUAAUGCACAGACACCAUUUGCUUGAUGUGAUAGCUGGCGUCUUCUUGGGAUUGUUUGUUGGAAUUCUCAUGGGAUUCUUGUAUGUUGAGGAUAGUACUGCCAGAUGGAUGAUGAACUAUUUAUCAGAUGAAAAGUUGGAUGGAGGAGAGUACCAUGUUUAAAGUUUUGAAUUUGAAUGCCGCUUAAAUCAAACCACGCACUGUGCAAAAGUUAGCUGUUCAGAAACGCAAUUGAAAUUAAAAUUAUCCGCAGAUCUUUA